AUGUCCAAAGAUGUACGACUUUCUUGGUUGGAUUAUGCCGUUUUUGCAGCUAGUAUUGGUUUAUCACUUGGAACUGGAAUUUAUCAUGCGAUCAAGUGAGUUGAUGGAAUUGAUUUUGGGUAUUAGAAGGUUUGGGCUAGAUUUUCGGAAAAUCAAUUUUUUUUAUUAAAAAAACCAUGUAGCCAUUGUUUGAGAUAUUUCCAAAAUCAAUAAAACAUUUCUUUGGUUUUCCAAACUAUGGUUACAAGAUUUUCGUGAGAGAUAACUUUUUGGGAAAUAAAAAAUCGCAAUGAAACACCAUCGAAGAGUUCAAAACUAAUUUUUCAGAAAAAAUCAGAUUCCUUCUCAGAAAAAAAAACAUGAAACAGAUCUCUUUCGAUCUUUUCCACACCCAAUUAUAUUUAGAAGUCGAUACCUUUUACGACGCGGCGGUCGCACCGCCAAAGAAGAAUACCUAAUGGGUGGUCGAGAUCUUCCCCCGCUCCCAGUUGCCCUCUCCCUUCUUACCACUUUUCUAUCCGGAAUUCUAAUGCUCGGAGUUCCUGCCGAAAUGUUCCAACGUGGAGCUCAAAUUUGGCUGAAUUUUGUGAUUGGAGUUGUUUCUUCUCUCAUAACUUGCUAUGUUUUUCUUCCAGUAUUUUAUAAAAUGAAAAGUACAUGUCUUCACGAAUAUUUCAUUCAUCGAUAUAAUUCAGUGCUUAUUAGAAGGUUAUUUUCUGGAUUAUUCUUGUUGUUUACAAUUGUUUAUAUGGCAAUUGUUGUUUAUGCACCAUCAGUUGCUCUAUCACCGGUAAUAAAUAUCGAUAAAUGGUGCCUGAUUUUGGUGAGUUGCAACUAGUUGAAGAAAACAAUGUUCAACUUUUAAAAUCCUUUGAAGAUAUUUGGAUGCACCACAACUAUUUACACUUGCAUCGGUGGUAUAAAAGCAGUGGUUUGGACUGAUUCACUUCAAGCAAUCCUGAUGUAUUCAGGAGUAUUCACCCUAAUUAUCAAAGGUCUUAAUCAUCCACGAGUUGGUGGAUUUUCCCGAGUUCUAGAUAUUGCUUGGGAUUCUGGAAGAAUAUCAGAAAUAGCAAGUUUCAAUUGGAGAUUAGAUCAAUAUAACAGUUUUUGGAUAAAUGUAUUAUCAGGAACUGUUGUUUGGUUGGCAUCAUUUGGUGUGAAUCAAUUAGCAAUUCAAAGAUAUUCAAGUUUACCGAGUUUGGAAAAAGCGCAAGGAAUUAUCAAGUAUACUAUGUUACCGUUUGUUAUUUUAUGCUCAAUUGUCACUUUUGUUGGGUUUAUUGCUUUGGCGUAUUUUUAUAAUUGUAAUCCUUUGGAAACUGGAGAAAUCAAGGAUGUUGAUCAUAUUACGAUUUUGUUUGCUAGAGAUAUUCUGCGUAAGUUCAUGUUUGCAGAAAUAAUAGUUCACUUUUUAGAUAUAUUCCCGAUUUCUAGCUCAGGAAAAAUUCAUUUUUUUUAUGUGGUAAAAAGAUAGUCUAGCUAUCUUAUCAGUUUCCAAGAAACCAAAGUUUAGUCAAUCAAACAUCUUUUCAAUAUGGGAAAAUCUGAACUUCUUGGAAAGUUUAAGUAAAAUGAAAUUGAAAACAUAUUUUUUCAAAUUCGUUUAUAAUUAAACAUUUCAAGAUACUUAUUAACUUCAAAACAACCCUUUUGUUUUUAAGAACCAACUCCUGGAUUAUUCGGGUUAUAUGUCAGUUGUAUAAUGUCUGCAACACUUUCCACACUUUCAAGUGGAAUGAAUUCAAUGGCAGCCGCAAUCUACGAAGAUUUUCUGAAAACCAGCCUUGACGGAAAAAUCACUGAUGUUCAGGCAACUCGUCUCAACAAAGCCAUUGUUCUUUUGUGUGGAGUUAUCUCAACUAGUCUCGCAUUUACUGCCGAAUAUCUUGGUGGAAUUCUUCGAAUUUGUAUUUCUGUGAUGGGAGCUAUGUCAGGACCUAUGGUUGCGAUUUUUGUUCUAGCAAUGUUUUUCCCAAGAUCAGGCCAAAAAGCAUGUCUAAUUUCUUUUGUCAUUUCAAAUCUAUUUUGUCUUUUGAUCUGCGUCGCUAAUUAUAUUCAGGAUCCUUAUCAUGAUUUAUUUAUGCCAACUAAUACUACGUCAGUUUUUUAUUGAACUAUUUCCGGAAAAAUAGAACAAAUAUUUUUCAGAGCUGCUGGAUGUGGUCACACUAACUUCAUCGUUCGAACAAAUCCAAAUUACGAUGCUCACUUUGGAAAUCCGAAUACAUUAUUCAUUUCAAGAAUUUCAACUUAUUCCUAUGCUGGAGUUGGAUUUGUACUUAUGCUUGUAAUCGCUUGGAUCGUCACAUUUUUUGAAAAACCGAUUAAAAAUGUUGAUAAAAUCCGACAUUUGACGUUUGCUGGGAGAAAGUGAGUGGUUCUAUUUGCCUAGAAACAUUUUGUCAAAAAAACAAUAAUUUCAGCAUUCCAUGGCCUGAUAAACAUCACGAGUUCGAUCACUUUUUAGUAGAGAAAAAAUGA